AUGGAAAGUGGACGGCAUCGAUCACCUUACUAUCGUGAUAAUCAUAAUCUUUCAUCACAUCAAUACAUUGAAGGUAUUGACUCAAAUCCUGACAUAAUCAAUGAUCGUCAGCGACCAGUCAGUGUACAAGAUUUAGAAUAUGGUGAAAUGUAUGAUUCCGGCAUACAACCACAUUCAACAUCACCACGACUAAACAAUCCCUACAUUGAUCCAUUGAUUGAAGCGGAUCCAAGUACCAUUGAUCAUCGUACCACAUCAUUAGAUCGUCGUGGUGAAUAUUAUGGUACAUUAAGAGGAAAUUUUGAUUCACAAAGUGAACGAUUAACAAGAAAACCAAUACAUCGACAAUCGUAUACAUUACAAUCUAAUCCAGGCUUAUCUGGUGGUGGUGGUGGUUCUGGUAUAUUGUCGUCGACGAAUCCAACAACAGGUCGUAGAGCACAUUCAUAUGAUAUGAAUUUAGAAAAACAAGGUUUAACAGAUUAUAAUAGUUUAUUAGCUGCAGCAGCUGCCGCGGCGGCCGCCGGUGGUGGUGGCGCCGGCCUCGGUGCAAAUCCAGCCAUCUAUGGUUAUUCAGCGAAUCCUCUAUUAGAUUACAGCGGUAGUAGUAAUUUAGGUCUACCAACUUAUCCAACUCUUGGCGGUGGUAGUGCCGCCUUGGAUUAUGCAACAUUACAACGAUCAUCUGGUAUUUAUCCUGGCCUGUCACAAACACAACCUACAUCUUUAUUGACACAUAAUCCAACUACUACAGCUGAUAUUGUAACAUUACAAAGAGAAUAUGUUAGGUUACAGCAUGAAUUACAUGUGACUAGAGAAAAACUUAAUGCAUGUACAAUUAGUAUACGUACAUUUUGGAGUCCUGAAUUAAAACGUGAACGAGCAAUGCGUAAAGAAGAAAAUGCUAAAUAUGCUAUAUUGGCGGAUCAUUUACAUCAAUUACAAUUAGAAAAACAAACAAUGUUAGAAACAUUACACAAUAUGGAAUCAGAUUUACGUCAAGAACGUGAUAAACGUAAUCGUAGCCGUUUCAGUGGCAAUGCAAAUGAUCCUGACAAUUUAAAUGAAUUAGAUUUAGCUAAACGUCAAAUUGAUGAUUUAACGCUGGAAAAUUGUCAACUUAAAAAAUCCAUUGAAGAUGGUGAUAAACGUAUAGCUAAUUUAAAAUCAAGUUUAAAUGCAACCGAGGAAAGUUUACGUCGAUUAGUUGAUGCAGUGAAGGCUGGAAAAUCAUCAACAAAUAUCAGUGGAGAUACAACCACAACAACAAUAACUGGUACUACAACUACUACAAAUCUAACUACUGGGGAUGGUUUAACCAAUAUUGGAACAGAUCCUACUGUUGCUUCUAUGUCUUCUAUUAAAUUAGAACGAAUUGAAGCUGACAGACUGGAAAUUUCACGAUUACGCAAUCAAUUAAAUGAAACAUCAAGUAGAAAAAGUGAAGUAGAACGUCAAUUGAUUGAUAGAAAUUUUGAAUUAUCAAGAAUAAAAGAAGAUAAACUUAUUUUAGAGAAAGAUAGUUUACAAAAGAAAUACGAGUCUGUUUUAAGUCAAUUAAGUGAAAAAUCUGAAAAACUUAAACAAUUAGAACAAGAUUGUUCAAAAUCACAUAUUGAAGAAAUUAAACGACAAAAAGCUGAUCUUGAUGAUUUAAAACAUCAUGUUGGUUAUUUACAGAAUACAAUAAAAGAACGUGAAACACGUAUUGAAUUAACUGAAAAAGAAUCUUUUAAAUUACGCGAUGAAUUAACAAAUAUACGUAAGCAAUUGUCAACAGCUGAAGCAGAAGUUAAAAGUUUACGUGAUGAUGCAGUUUACAGGGAGGAACGAAUUAAACAAAUACAAAAUCAAUAUACAGAAGAAUUAGCAAGGCUACGUUGUACUAAUCAAGAACAAGUAACACGUAUUGGACAUUUAGAAAUGAAGCUAGAUGAGAAAGGACAUCAAUUAAAAAGUCAAACAAGUGAAAUUCGUUGUCAAGCUGAUGAAAUCACCCGUCUACAAUCGACCAUUGAAGAAAUCAAUAAUCGUUUAUCAGUGAAUCAAAAACGUGCAGAAGAACGUGAAACAAGAUUAAGAAAACUUGAAAAUGAAAAUCAUGAUUUAUUAGAUGAAAUUCAUAGUCUACGUAAAGGUAAUACAGAACUAGAAAGUCAAAUUGACAAUUUAAGACAACGUUUAUUAGAUCGACAAGAAUCAACAGAAUCAGUCACAGCUGGAUUAUCAUUGUUAACAUCACCUAGAUUAUAUCAACCAACAUCUAAUCAAGAAUUAGAUCGAUUACGUAAACAAUACAAUGAAAUGAAAGCAUCUUAUGAACAAGCCCAGAAAUCAUUUGAAGAAAUACAAAUUGAAUAUGAUCAAAUGAAAAUUCAAUAUCAUAAUUUACAAGUACAAUUGGAGCAAGAAAAUGAAAAAUGUAAAAAACUACAAGAAGAACAACUUCGAAUGAAAGAGAACGAGAUGAAGAGAUCAAGUUUAGAUUUGAGUACUACAACUCAACCUACGCAUCAGUUGACGCAGAAAAUUGAAGAACUUCAGAAAGAACUAGAACGUAAAGAAGCACAGAUUAAAUGCUUAAAUAAACAAAUCGAUCAGCAAUAUUUAUCUUCAUCACUUCAAUCCGAUGUACAUCCUACUACUGAUUCAAUUAAUCAACAAUUAUUAAUUUCUGAUUUACAAGUACGUUUACGUCAAGCAAUUGAAGAUCGUGAUAUUGCACGUGAACAAUUAACCACGAAUUUAACUCGAGUUGAAACAUCCACAUUAGAUAUACAACAACAAUAUAUGUUGGAUAAAGUAAGCAUUACUUUUUAUAUUAAAUUUGUGGAUACUGCUAUUACUACUACUACUACUACUACUACUACUACUACUACUACUACUACUACUACUACUACUACUAAGGACCGCGGUUAA